AUGAGGCAAUCGGGCGAGGUCAGGUCGCGGACGGCGACGCCGCCAUCACCAUCUUACAUGACAAAAGACGAGUUUGCAAGCUACCUCGCAAACCUUCGAAACAAGCCCGUGGUCAGGCCCGGCGGUGCCAGGCCGCUCCCUCCCAGCAAUCGGCCGCAGGUAAAUCGAAACAGUCUCAGCCACAUUAGCUUCGACGCAACGACGGCACCGUCUCGAGACUCUCCGUCUCCCGCCCCUCAUGUCGGCCAUCAGCGGUCUCAGUCUUUCACCCCGAGCCUCGUUGGCGGGAGCAUGGUAUCGAGUCGCCUUUCGACAAUCAGCUCCCGGAGCCGUGACUACUAUCCCUCGCGACCUACGCCUCCUCCGUUGAAGCCGGAUGACGUGGUGCCUACGGCUAGCUAUAUGGAGCGCGGCCGGCGGUGGAUGGAAAGAGAAGAGGCUUCGUCGCUGCGAGACGCAAUGGAGGAGAUGGACCUACGGGAGAGCAGAAAGAACACGCCCGAUGUCGACCCCGCUGCCGAGGACGAGGAGACUCGCAUCUACAACGCUGCUCUUAAUGAGGCAGCCGAGCUCGUUUGGGAGCACCAGAACGGAGUCAAGCCUCGACCGCCAGAGGGUGCGUACCGGUACCGCUCACACCUUAGAAAGGAUAGCUACGCACAUGCCCGAGCGGCGGCUCUGGCCAAGGGAGAGGACUCACCGGGGGCGAACAAGUCAAACAGGAACUCAUAUGCCUCCUUCCGCUCAUCGUCGGCCACUUCGUCCGAGGAGGACAACGGUGCCCGACUCAACGGAUCCCCCGAGAGGAAAGGCGCCCAGGCCGAAGAGUCCCCAACCAGCAAAACCAAGUCCUAUGGAGGCGUCGGCGGGCGCUUCACGGGCGGUCGGCGCAGCAGCAUGAAGAGGAACGUCAGCGGAGAAGUCGAGCGCCCGUUCUCGGGGGAUCAGAUAUGGGAAGAGCCCGAAGCCCAGUCAGGCGACGGCCCUACGACAUCGACUCCUCCAAACGGUGAUUCGCCCGCUUCGCUGCAUCAGAAGCCGUCCAACACGAUGGGCCGCGUUCCCUACCAGCGCAACCAGGGCGAGACGAGCCCGACGAAGCGACUGGAGCGGAUCGAAAUCCACAGGAACCCUCCGAGUCGAUCGCGCACCGCCCCGUACCAGGUCAACACGCCCGUGUCCAAUGCGCAGCAGCUCCCGGAGGGACAGCACCUGAACGGCGUCGAGAUCCGCAGCCAGGACAUCCGCGAAGCCACGAGCAUGAGGCUAAAGGACCGCAGCUCCAAGCUCCCGGAACCUACUGCGGUCAGCGACAGCCCUGGGAGGCCCAUUGUAAGCUUCGAUGCGAACUGGAAAGCCCCGGAGGAGGCCAAGUCCACUGAUGCGAGCUCAGACCGACGACCAGACCCGACCACGCCAGCAUCUAACCGCUACCAGUCCCAGCCACAGUCCCAACCUCAAACCCAGCCCCAAUCCCAACCCCAAACACCGUCGCGGCCUAUGGAUAUCCCUAGUAUCGUUGUGGCGGAAGACCCUUCGCCGCGACCACGGGCGCAGACGAGCACGGGUGUGCCGUCCAUCUCGAUAGCAGAGCCAGACGAGGCCCCAAAGCGGCCGACGCCUGCCAUCAACAUCCCGUCCAUUUCAGUGGACGAGACGCCGACCCGCCGCGGCAUUCCCAGCAUCUCGACGUCGCCCGUGAAGGACUCCCCUGUGAGGGACUCGCCCGUAAGAGGCUCUCGUCCUCUGCCGACUCCGGGCGGCCGAGGGCCUCAGGGCGCGCGGGACCUGCCGAGACCGCGCGGUCACUGGUCGCCAGCCUCGAGUGCCCAUGUGCGAACCGGAACGAUCUGCAAUCAGUGCGAGCAGCCCAUCGAAGGCAAGUUUGUGGCGCUGGCUGGCCUCUCUGAGCGCUUCCACCCUCACUGCUUCCGCUGCUACACCUGCAGCACCAGGCUGGAGGCCAUGGAGAUCAGCCCCGAGCCAGAAGCGGCGCGGGCAGAGCGUCUGGAUCGGAUUCGGCGUCGCGCGGCGGGAGAGGUACUGGAGGAGAAGCCCGGCAUGACCAUGGCGGAGGACGGGGACGAGCGCCUCCGCUUCUACUGCCACCUCGACUGGCACGAGCUCUUUGCCCCUCGCUGCAAGCACUGCACAACUCCCAUCCUCGGGGAGCACAUUGUAGCUCUGGGAGCACACUGGCACUACGGCCACUUCUUCUGCGCCGAGUGCGGCGAUCCGUUUGAGCACGGCAUGACGCACAUUGAGAAGGAUGGCUACGCCUGGUGCAUCAACUGCCAGACGAAGCGGACCGAGCGGCGGGCGCCCAAGUGCAAGAUGUGCAAGACGGCCGUCAUCGGCCAGUACAUCAAGGCGCUGGGAGGCGAGUGGCACGAGCACUGCUUCCGCUGCGCCGAGUGCAAGGGAGGGUUCGAUGACGGGCAGAUCUUCCCCAAGGAGACGGCGACGGGGGCCGUUAUCCUAUGCACCAAGUGCCGGCAGAGGGAGCUCAAGUUUUGA